UUUCUUACACAUGUUUUCAGUGCAUGUGGAUUAAUUUUAAGGGCGUGUUUGUAUCAGUCAGAUGGUCAUUACAUGUGGCCGUUGAUCUGUCAUAUCACUCAAUGACAAUGGCCCGACUGUUACGAAAAAAUGCAUGGUACUUCAGGUCGCAUCUAGCUUAUGCCAUUAGCAGGAACUGAAACCAAGCAGCAUUCAUCUACAGUUUCUUAGGCGAUUUCCUGCCAUGGGUUUAGUAAUACCGUGUUUCUUAUUUUGUGUGUACAAUAACAAACAAGUGAACGUCGUGUUCCACAUCUUCGCAACAUGUCAACAAACACUGGCCGCCGCACGGGGGACUCAAGCAAAGCUCGAGGCUUGGCUCAAGAGAAAGAUGCCUGGCCCCUAAAACACCAAGGAGAAAGAAAAAGAGGUAAACCUAAGUAAUCUUCACCAGUUCUCAUCAAAUGUAAACCCUUCAGCCUCUUGAGGAGGAACAACCCAGGGGUCGACACCCUCUACCACCGCCACGAGAGGCCUCACACCACUGAUCAGGCCACCAAUCACGCAUAACUUACCUGUGCCCUUAAAACAAAACCAGCAGGUACCCAUUUACUGACCAGCCUCAAUGGGAGGAUGAACACCUGGAUGGGCUGAGUGCUGACUGCCCAGGUUAGGAUCGAAGCCUGGCCCGUGGAUUUUAAGCUAGGUGUGAGAAUCACUACACCAAGGAGUGGUGCUGUGCAUAUUUAUACAUACAACUUUUGAAUCACUGACAGCAUGCAACAUUUUAUUUGGAGUAGCCAGGGUAGUGCCAUUUGGGAGGUGGCAAGUAAGCUCCAGGAGGAUGCCAUUCAAGUGGAUGUGUACCUGCACACUGCUGCUGGAGGAGCUGAGGUGGUCAGCACCAGCACUACACACAGAGCUCUCACCAAGAAGAAAAAAGUUCACGAAGACUCUAUAACUUUCCCAGCUCACAAACUGAUACUGGCAGCUGCUUCUCCAUUCCUUAAGAAGUGUUUUGUAAUUCAGAUUCUGAGUGAACACUACCUUGACCAUCAUGAUGCUUGUGUUGAUAUCACCAUCCCCCACGUGCUGCCUGAAGCCAUGCGCUGCAUCCUUGACUUCUUGUACUGUGGCACCAUUGGCAUCCCUCCGGCCAUCAGGGAGAGUGUCCUGGAGGCUGCUAACCUGCUGCAAAUCAAAAACUUUACUGAUUACUAUCCUUCCUGUGUGAAACUGGAAGGACCUUAUGAAACAGAAAGCACAUCAGAGAAAAGUGAAUUUAAGAUAAUAGAAAUUCCCAUCCACAAACAAGGGAGAGGAGGAAAGAGACUGAGUGAAGAAAAAUAUGUCCAUUCUAGCGUAUCCAAAGCUGCUGUUCAGGUUAAAGAAGAAUGUGAGGCAGACCAAGGAGGCUGUGGUCAUGCUGGGACUGUAGAGGCAAGGCAGAAGCGAAGGAAGAUCAAGAGCAAGUAUAGUACUGACAUAUAUGAAGUGAAUCUACCAAGAAUAAGAAAAUGGAAAAAGAGAAAAAUGCAAAGUUUCUUUAAGACUGAGAAGGAAGCAAAUGUGCAAAAUCCUGGCGGGGCCCAACAAAAUGAAGAGUUUGAAGAACCAGACAAACACAUAGUGUCUAAUUUGUUCUCCAGUAUCAUGGAUAUGGAUCAGAAAAUUAAGCAAAGCAAAUUUGAGAAGACUAGUGCAAUGGAAAAAGCUCCAGAAGACUUUAAUACUGAUCCCCCUCCUUCGAUAUGUGAUCUACCUCCUCUUCCCUCCACUGUUGCCUUAGCGAUCACUGACAAGAAGCACAAAACCUUUACAUCCCAGCUCCCACUCACAUUAGCCUCAACUUCAUCAUCCUCAGUUGUAAUGCAAAAUAUAUUUGUAGCUGACCAACCUUACCUCCCAGACUCGACCACAAAACACAACUCAAUGACCUUGAAAGCGAGGUCACUGGAGCCUCCUAGUGUGGCCAUUGCUUCCCUUCCAUCAACAUCUCUGUUGUCAGGAAUAAAGGAGCUGCCCUUCAUGACACCACCUUCCUCCAUAGCAAAUUUCCCUCAGACCCAAUUGACUUCACCCACUCACCGCAAGAUCUCGGAGACACUUCAGGAGGAUAAGAACGAAGAGGAACAAGAAGAUGGACUCUUCAAAUUUCAGGUAUUACUGAAGGAGUGUGAGGACUUCCCUGAUGAGGUCUGUCCAAUCCCUCCGUCUUCACAAGGAGGCAGCCAGCCAGGCAAAGGCAGCGUUGAUAUCAACCAGUGGAUAUCAGAAGAAAUUCAGGGCUGUGUAAUACCAACAACUAGUGAUUGUGACAAGGAGAGCAACCCAGAAGAGGCUGCAGCUGAAGACCAUAAAAAGGACAUCUUACAGGAGCACCUCACAAUAGAGGAGGAGACAAACACUUCAAAAGAAACUGUAAAUAAUAGCAAGGAUGAUGUUGAGUGUGAAAUGUGUGGGAAGAUAUUCUCUGACUACCGCAGCUGCCAAUCACACAAACGUGGUGUCCAUGAUGAGGCAAAGCAGAUGUGUCGAUACUGUGGCAAACUGUUCAGGAGGCGCUGUGACCUGUACCAGCACGAGAGACGGCACAGAACAGCCAAUCUGCCCUGUAAAUAUUGUGGGAAGAUAUUCAAGGUGGCAAAGGAUUUGCAAGCCCAUUUAGCAACUCACAUUGGAGGCAAACGGUUCCAAUGUAUUCACUGUGAUAAGGAACUCACCUCCUACAGAAACCUGAAGAAUCAUAUUGCAAGUAUUCAUCAGCACCAUAGGCCAUACACAUGCCAGGUGUGCAAGAAGACAUACUCAAAGGCUUCUUCAUUACAGGUACACGUACGCUCUGUCCACACUGGCGAGCGCCCUUUUAAGUGCAGCGUGUGUGGCAAGACCUUCUGUGACGCUGCCUUGCUGAAGAGCCAUCAGGUGGUGCACACCGGGGAAAGGAGGUACUCAUGCAGAGUGUGUGGUCGCCCCUUCAGUCAGUACAGCAAUAUGAUCAGCCACCAGCGCAUCCACACCAACACCCGGCCCUUCCUCUGCCUCAUAUGCCGGGAGGACUUCAAGACUAAAGAUGGGCUCCUGAAGCACAAAUGGGUCCACACGGGGCUGAAGCCCCUCCGGUGCCGCCACUGUGGCCGGGAGUUUCGCAUAAAGGAGCGCUUUGAAAGGCACAUGCUCAAGUUCCACAAUGAGGUGAUCAGCCUUCCUGAGAUUUUCUUUGAAGUGCCAGAUGAGAUGGUGCAAGGUGAGAAAAGCAACACCUCAACCCCAUGUGAUAUUGAGGUGAUUAGAGCCAGGGUGAAAAAGGAGCCCCCUGAAGACACCCAACAGGACCAGAUGCUGGAUGGUGGCCUGCUAGAUGGAGGUUCUACAGAUGAUCUCAGUCCUGUGGUUCAUUUAGUGAGCAGCAUUGGUGAGCAGGAGGUCAGCAGAGAGCCUAGUCAUGUACAGUUAAGCUACCCUCUGCUGACUACUACUGCAGGACUGGAUGAAGGAGACAACAUCACUCUUGGGAACAUUACUGGCCAUAUUUCCUGCAGUGGACAUGUUGCGCCACUCGAUGUCGAGUCUCUUCUGAACAGCGAAGACACAGCCACUGGUAGUGCCUUAAUCAUAGCAGGCGAGGAGAGGGCAGAGGUGCUGCCAGCAACCAUCGCUGAGUCUGCCGUGAGGGACUGUGAGGAAGUUGUCAUCCUCACAAAGGUCUCUGAGGAAGCAGAGCAAAUAAGUCAGGAGCUGCAUCCCCAGCCCACCAUCAAGCUCUGGAUACCAAGUAAAAGAUCAGAGUUAGAGCAGCAAGGGAUUGAGAGUAAUGGUGAAGGUGACAUCCUGAUUGUCUCCAGUGGUGCUUUCACUGAGACAAGCCCAGCAGGGCAGGUACUAGGCACAGAGAUAGGCCCUCAAGUGGUCCAUACCAUGAUCCUUGAUGGGUCAGGUACUAGCAUGUAAGAGUGGUGGUGACUGGGCAUGUUGUGUUCCUGCAUCUCAGGGGAUGCACCCUGAACAGCUGCAGAAAGUGAAAGGAAACAGGUGCUUCCAUAAAUACCAAAAGAAGUUUACACAAACACAAACACCUACAUGCUUGGGUCAUUGUAUCAGGAAAAAAAAUCCUCAAUAAAAGUAUAAAAAUGACAGAAUAAUUAAUAAUUUAAAUGCAAUCAGUUUAAAAAUAAAAUUAUGUAUCUUUACAAUUAUAAAGAAUAAAGCAGAAAAUAACA